GAACACAGCUUUAAUCAUUGCCUUGACCGUCGCCAAACUCUCAGCUUUAUCGUUCACCAGUAUCAUAUCUAGGAAUUCAUGACAAUGUUUAACGACAUAUCGUCCAAGGACUCGGAUGUGAAACAUCCUCCCCCGUAUACACCCUCGCCUGCGCUCAAGCCUCCCGCGUCAGGCUUCCGCAUCCCCUUGCGCGCAUCGUCCUCCUUCCCGCUAGUUCAUCAGACCAAACGGCCGCCUUGUCUCGACGCAGAUAAUUAUUCGCCAGUCUUCCUAGGCUCUGCAAUACUUCCUAAUCUUAGCUCUGUACAUCCCUGCAAAGUAUGUCCAUGCCUUUCCCCUCCCUGCCGUGUUCCCUAUGGUGGGACAGAAGUAGAGCAUCAAGGGCGCUAUGAUUUACUGCCGUACGACGAAAUUUUGAUGGAGUGGGUCCCUACCAGUCUGGGUAGAAUCCCUCACGGCCGAAGACCGGUGGAGGGGGGUUACGAAGAGAACGGAGCCAAGUUGUACCAUGCCUUAGCAUGGGUGCAAGGCGUCCGUACUCCGGGAAAGACGGGAGAACAUCUCGAUGGUUGUAACAUCGCAUUUGGUGGAGAUGAGCAUGUAAUCUCCAAGGGAUAUGACAUUUUAUGCUGGAAGUGAACAUUUGGAUGAUUUGUAAAAAUAUGCUUAUAUGCUUAUGUAUAUGUAAGGUUAACGAGUUUGCUGUUGGGACUGCGGGGUCAUUCUCAAAGACAUAAAGAUACGAGAUUAU